AUGAUAUUACGUUAUUCAUCUUUCACUCUUCUUUUACUGUGGUUUUGCAACAGCUCUUUCUUAGACGCUCUCAAUGGUGGAUUUAGUGUGGAAAUAAUCCACCGUGACUCAUCAAAAUCACCAUUUUAUCAUUCCACACAAACCCAAUUCCAAAGAGUUGCCAAUGCUGUGCAUCGUUCCAUCAAUCGUGCUAAUAGUUUGAACCAACCUAUUGUCUAUCCAAACGCAGCCGAGGCCACAGUAACACCAGAUCUAGGUGACUACCUCAUGAGCUAUUCAGUUGGAACCCCACCAUUCCAACUUUAUGGGAUUGUUGACACAGGUAGUCACAUAAUUUGGUUGCAGUGUCAACCUUGUAAAACCUGUUACAAACAAACCACUCCUAUGUUUGAUCCUUCAAAAUCCACAACCUACAGAAUCCUCCCUUGUUCUUCUACUACAUGUCAAAAUAUGACGAGUACCCCUUGUUCCUCUGAUAAAGGGAAACAUUGUGAAUAUACUAUUAACUAUGGUGAUGGGUCACACUCACAAGGAGACCUUAGUGUGGAAACCCUAACUUUAGCCUCCACUAGUGGCUCUCCUAUUCAGUUUCCUAGAAGUGUUAUUGGAUGUGGAUACAACAAUACUGUAUCAUUUGAAGGGAAAAGCUCUGGCAUAGUUGGCCUAGGAGUUGGACCUGUGUCCCUUAUAUCUCAAAUGGGUUCUUCCAUAGGUGGAAAGUUUUCUUAUUGUUUGGCUCCAAUGUUUACACAAUCUAAUUCGCCUAGCAAACUCAAUUUUGGAGAUGUUGCUGUGGUUUCUGGAGAUGGGACUGUUUCAACCCCAAUGGUUUUACAUGAUCAACAAGUGUUUUACUUCCUAACAUUGGAAGCAUUCAGUGUGGGAAACAAAAGGGUAGAGUUUGGAAGCUCCUUGUCUGGAUCUGGUGGAAAGGGAAAUGUGAUAAUUGACUCUGGUACCACACUCACUCUCUUGCCAAAUGAUGUCUACUCUAAAUUGGAAUCAGCAGUAGCAGAAGCAAUCAAAGUAGAGCGUGCUGAGGAUCCAAGUAAUCGAUUAAAGCUAUGCUACAAAACUACACUUGAUAAACUAGAUGCACCAGUAAUUACUGCACAUUUUAGUGGUGCAGAUGUCAAGUUGAAUGCUAUGAAUUCCUUUCUUCAAAUGACCCACACGGUAGUAUGCUUGGCUUUCAGCUCAAGUGGAAAUCUUGUCAUCUUUGGGAACUUGGCACAACAAAACCUCUUGGUUGGCUAUGACCUCCAAGAAAAGAAAAUUUCCUUUAAGCCCACGGAUUGUACAAAGUUUGUUUUUGUGAUGGGUUGGAGAUACAACGCUGGCUUGUUCCUCAUAGCCACCGUCGUUGUUAUUUGGGUUACCUCCGCUGAAGUUACCCAGGAUAUUUUUACAGAUUAUAAGCAGCCAUUUGCAGUGACAUAUCUUGGAGCUUCUCUUAUGGUAGUUUACCUCCCAAUAGCAUUCAUUAAGGACUGGUUCUGUAACUUACUUAAAUCCCGCUCCUCUAAAAGUGGUAAAAAUGCAGAGUGCGUGGAUGAGUUUUCUGUCAGUAUUAGCUCUCCUCUCAAAACCAAUGGAAUGCAGAACAACUUUGAACUGGAACUGGGGAGUGUGAUUCGAAAAGAUAGUGAUUUAGACCUUUCAACGCUUUCAGAUGUAACGCCAUUAGUAACUAAAUAUAAUGAUAAUACUGAUGUGCUAAAGGUGGAGAAAGAACUUACUGCGAAGGAAAUUGCUGCUUAUGGGUUUUACAUUGCACCUAUUUGGUUUAUAACAGAGUAUCUAUCAAAUGCUGCCCUUGCACGAACAAGUGUUGCAAGUACAACAGUAUUAUCAUCAACUUCGGGACUUUUCACUCUUUUCAUUGGUGCAUUUAUGGGUCAAGACACUUUAAAUGUAGCAAAAGUAGUUGCUGUCUUAGUCAGCAUGGCUGGGGUUGUUAUGACAACAAUGGGGAAAACUUGGGCUGCGGAUGAAUCUCAAUUAAGUGAUACCAAUGGAAAGCACUCUUUGGUUGGCGAUCUUUUUGGAAUUCUCUCAGCUAUAUCAUAUGGCCUAUUUACAGUUCUUCUUAAGAAAUUUUCUGGUGAAGGAGAAAGGGUUGAUGUCCAAAAGCUGUUUGGGUAUAUUGGAUUGUUUACCCUAGUAGCACUCUGGUGGCUUGUCUGGCCAUUGAUGGCCUUAGGAAUCGAACCCAAAUUCACCAUUCCCCACUCUGCUAAAGUGGACGAAGUGGUUAUUGCAAAUGGAUUCAUUGGAAGUGUACUUUCAGACUACUUUUGGGCACUUUGUGUUGUAUGGACUACUCCCCUUGUGGCCACGUUGGGAAUGUCACUCACCAUUCCGCUUGCUAUGGUGGCUGACAUGGUAAUUCAUGGUCGGCAUUAUUCAGCAGUAUACAUUCUUGGCUCUGCUCAGGUAUUUGCAGGCUUUGUAAUAGCUAAUCUUUCAGAUCGGUUGACGAAGAAGUUGGGAUUGUAG